AAAUGAUCCAAGCGGUUGAGUUUACCCAAAUUCUGGUUCAGAGAAGCUCAAGCUCAGAUAUCAUGCAAAGCAAGGAAACUCUCAAACACAGAUUUCAAGAGCUUCGUGACAUUGAAAUGCCGAAACACCACGAGACCUCAUUCAUCAAAUUCACCCCGGCUUCUGUGGAGGGCUUGAGACUGGGCGAUAUCGCAAUCGAGAGAGUUGAUGCAAGUCAAUGCACUUUGGAGGGACUGGAUCAAAUUCUUCAGGCUGGUGUAGCAGCAGAAUUGAUAUCAUGCCCCAGAACACCUGAGGGAGAGAUAAGUAACCUGCCUGAUCUUAAAAAUCAAAUUGACAUAGUCAUUGAACCUGCUGAAGACGUCACAAAUGUGAUUGUUAGCAAAAAGGCUGAAAAUGAUAAAUUCAAGGUGAAUUUUACACCAAAAGUGCCGGGUGCCUAUAACAUUGAAGUGAAGAUCAACGACGAUAAACUUCCAAACUGCCCUUUCACUACGCAAGUCAAAGAACGUGAACUUGGUGUAGUCGGUGAGUUGAACUUGAAGUUAUUUCAAGGAGAUGAGCUUAACAAUCUAUGUGGAAUUGCUGUAAAUACGACAGGGAAAAUUGCUAUAUCAGAUUUUACAGGACAUUGUGUUUAUAUCUUCGAUCAAGAAGGCAACUGUGUAAAAAAAAUUGGCAGCCAAGGACGAAAUGCCGAACAAUUUCACCAGCCAUGGGGCGUUACAUAUUUAAAUGAUAACGAGAUUCUGGUUGCGGAUCAAGGGAAUCAGAGAAUACAACAAGUAGAUGUCCAGACAGGAACUGUUGUAAAAAGCUUUGGAAAAUAUGGCGCAGCAAAAGGAGAGUUUUCCAACCCGGUUUAUGUUUGCCUGGAUGAACAUCACCGCAUUGUUGUAACCGAGUGGGGCAAUCAUAGGAUACAGGUCAUGACACAAGAGGGUGAGACUAUUACCAUGUUUGGAGACAGCGGCGCAGAGAAACUCAAUGAUCCCACAAGCUGCAUUCCUUACAAAAACAUGUUUCUUGUAGCUGAUAGAAACAAUAACUGUAUUAAAGUUUUCAAUCGGUCAGGAACUUUCUUAUACAAGUUUGGAAAACAAGGAAGUCAAGAUGGACAAUUUCAGUGGCCGCAUGGUAUGCUUCUAGACAGCUCCAAUAAUCUUCUUGUAUGUGAUGCGUGCAAUAACCGGGUUCAGCAGUUUUCUUUAGACGGUCGCUUCACAGGCAAAACUAUCACUGAUUUACCAAAUCCUGUUGGAAUAGCAACAGCGCCAGAUGGACGUAUUCUCGUGACUAGCUUUAAAACUAAGAAAGUCUACAUACUGAAGUAGAUAAUUUAUUUGUCAGUACGUGUAGUUUGUAACCAACCGCUCUCUCUGAUAUCAAUAGCACAACUGGCUGAUGCAUCUCUUAGUAUCUCCAUUCAAAUAUCUCAAUUUUCAUUCAUAUCCGUAAUGUUUCGUUGAUUUUUGGGGCGGUAUGAACUUUCCAGUCAUCCAGUCUGGUGGAAACUUUCUUUAUUCCUGAUCUUGUAUCUCGGUUUCACUCAAAAAACCAACAGGAUUUCCCUUGAUUUAAAGUUUGAGAUUUAAAUUGGUAUUUCUCGCUUCCAUUUGUUUCCACAAAUCAAGAUACUAAUAUCUUGCUAUUGCAAUGAAACCGGGCUGGCAAAACAUUGUACGAGGACAUAUUUAUGUGCUUUCUCUAAGCAAGAGGAAGUGUAAUAAUUUGAGUGAAAAUAUUUUUUUGUUGUUUUACAAUUUUAUUACGGAUGACGAAGCCCGGGGACGAAGCUUGUAGUUUUGUCCAUGAUUGUUCUUCCAAAUGCGUUACCCAGGCUCUGUUCAAAAAAAGAAACAAGAAAAACAAGAAAAAAAAAAAAAAGAAACGAAUUUGUUCCUAGCUUUUCAUUGGCGAGAAAAUAGUUUGUUCUUCGAAACAAACCUAGCAAGGGAGGCGGGGGAGGCUUCCUAGCUGCCGAAGCUUCCGGGUGUUUUUUUUUUUUAAUUUUUUUUUUCAGUUUCCAGAAACGUAUUGAAGAAGUUACUGGCGAGUGCCAGUAAUGCUGCUUUUUUUUAAAAAAUCUUGCCAAAUCUUAGACGGAUAAUUGAACUAAAGGUGGCUCCCUAUAGUUUUACGAUCGCACGCGCGCUGAGGAUGAAAGCUCAAGUA